AUGGCUAUCAAAAUAGUUCUUUUCCAAUCGCUGUCUAGGGGUGUGUUGAUAUGUGCUAAAAGGGGCUUUAGGUGAAAGUUUGGAUAUCUAACAGCAAUCCAAAUCUUAUUGGAUGCUUUUAUUUAGAGUGCUUGUUUAAGACAAGAAGAGUUGCUUCUAAAUUGAGGCCAGACAGAGGAACUGAAACCAGUGGGAUGGCAACCAUGCAUGCACAUCUUCCGCAGUAG